AUGUCUCAGAGACAAUCCAACGAACUACAGACUGCCAAGGAUUCCCUCUUGUCUGAGAUGAAUUUUCCCGGCGGAGGAUGGCAUCUCCAAAACAUUACUUCUAUCAAACAUUGCGUCGAAAAUUUCAAGAUUUCAGACACAAGACUUUUUAUUCUUGAAAUUGUUAACCAUAUGCGAAAUCCUAAAGCCACAUGUACCAUGAAAUUUAAAUUAGCUCAACUCCUCAAUCUUCUAAAAUCAUUUAAUAUUCGAGGAUUUGAUGAAAUAAUGAUAGAAUUCAGAAAUCAAAUCCUAAAUUCGUACAUUUAUUUAGGAGACCAACAGCUUGGCGACGCGGCUGUAAAAAUGAUAAAUAAUUUAUGGAAUAUUCCAUUAGCCGUUAAACCCCCUCCCCGUCAAGGUCUUAGACUACAGAGGAUCAAGAUUAAUACUCCUUCAGCAAAUGUUCUUCGAAGGAUAAGUAUACAAGAAUUUCCAUAUAUUGGUGAUAAUUUACGCAGCUCAUCACCACCGCCUUUUUCUGAAUAG